GUCUGUGGGUUUCCCGCCAGCCGCACUCUUGGGCCAUAAUCAUGGUGGACAUGAUGGAGUUGCCAAGGUCACGCAUCAACGCCAGCAUGCUAGCUCAGUUCAUAGACAAGCCUGUCUGCUUCGUAGAGAGGCUGGAAAAGAUUCAUCCCACUGGAAAAAUGUUUAUUCUUUCAGAUGGAGAAGGAAAAAAUGGAACCAUCGAGUUGAUGGAACCCCUUGAUGAAGAAAUCUCUGGAAUUAUGGAAGUGGUUGGAAAAGUAACCACCAAGGCCACCAUCUUGUGUACAUCUUAUGUCCAGUUUAAAGAAGAUAACCAUCCUUUUGAUCUUGGACUUUACAACAAAGCUGUGAAAAUUAUCCAUGAGUUCCCUCAGUUUUAUCCUUUAGGGAUUGUGCAACAUGAUUGAUCUUGAUGGAUUUUCAUACAAUUGCAAAUGAGCUACAUUAAAGACUAUUAAAGGAAGCCCCUCUUGUUUGAGGGGGAGAUUUCUGUGCUUUCUCAUAUUUAAUUUGCUCUUUUUAAGAUAUUCCAACCUAGAGUUUUUGAUGGAACUGAUAUAUUGACAGUUCUCACCUAAGUCCUUUUAUAAAGAAUUGCUACUCCAAUAUAUGGUCAGAUUAGAUGCAAGAAUAAAGCAGUUCUCUGAGUUUAGGUUUCUAUUUUAUUAAUAAAAACUAAAAUGGUACAUA